AUGUUGUUUAUAUUUUUGGCUUUGAUUAUUAUCAUUUUCGGAUUGGUCUUGGAUAAAUAUCAGUUAUCCCCGAUUGUUCUUCCAAUACUAUUAUUAAAUACUGCUACUACUACUUCUACUACUGCUACUACUGCUACCACUACUGCUGCUAUUAUAUUUCGACCGUACCCAUUAACGAAUCAAGAUUGCAAAAGUUAUGAUUUUAAAAGACUACGACGGCCAAAUAUAAGUCACGUCACUCUACCAAUCUACGAUUAUUUUAUCUUUCAUGACGAACUCGACACACUUGAAAUUCGUUUGUAUGAAUUAUAUAACUAUGUUACUCUUUUUCUUAUUGCAGAAAGUCAAACAACAUUGACUGGUAAAUCUAAACCAUUAUAUCUCAAAGAAAAUUGGCAGAAAUUUGAAAAAUAUCACGAUAAAAUGCGACGAAUUGAAGUCGAGUUAGAUGAAAAUCCAAGAGGACAAUGGACCAAUGAAAUCAAAAUGAGACGAGAUGGUCUUCUUCUAGCUUUGGAAAAUCAGACACAAGAUAUUUUACUUCUAACGUCGGAUGUAGAUGAAAUACCUAAAGCUCAUUUUUUAUAUCUAUUAAAUGCAUGUGAAUUACCAAAACCAUUUCCAUCGCUAGUAUUAGUAUGUGCUUAUUAUUAUUAUUCCUUCGAAUUUCGACGUCAAGGUGGUGCUAUAGAUGGUCCUACAGUAUCUUUCUUAGCUGGAAAUCGUACCAAUCGAACGAUGUCUCCAGAUGGUAAAUAUGUGCGUGAUGAACGAUUUAGUUAUCAACCUAUGCCGAGUGCUUGUUAUCAUUGUUCAUGGUGUUUUGAUCGUAUUAAUUUAACACGAAGUAAACUGGCUUCUUUUUCUCAUUCAGAAUUGAAUAGAGCUGAAUAUCAUACACAAGAACAUAUUAUUGAUCGAUAUCGACAUGGAAAAGAUUUAUUUAAUCGACCUAGUGAAAUAUAUAUACGCAUCGAAAACAAUGAUGAAAUACCUGAACUGAUUAAAGCACAACCAGAACGUUUUUCUUAUCUCAUUAAUAGAGCGGCAUUAGUUAAUGCUGGCUUUCGAGAUGUAACACAAACUAAUUCUUCUGAAAAACAAAGAUAA